UGUCACACAAAACACACAGCGUAUUGCAUCUCCACCGAUAUAAACUAGUGGUUCGUGUUGAACUGAAAACGAGAAGCUCCCAUCUUUACCUAUUUCUCAAUUCUCAUACUCUCUCCUCUCCUGGCAUUGUUUUCAUAUACUUCUUAAUCACUCAUUUCUCUUUCUCUCUCCAUCUCUCAUGCUAAAUUGCUUCCCUGUAACCCCAUAUAGGUACACUUGCAGAUAAGCUGUGUUAUAGAAAGAACUCUGAAUCGACAGUCUUCAAUUGCCAGGGGGAAGCAAAAAUUGCUGGAUUUUGCAUGUGGGUUUUCCUUGCUUACUAGAAAUCACAACUCUUAUUUGGGGGUUUUCUUCCUGUGAUCACAUGGGUUCUGCAAUGCUCAAUGGUGCUGAAAAUCUCACACUCUUUAGAGGAAUAGCUCCGAAUGGGUUGGGAUUUCUGGGUUCUGAUUUCCAUGGGAAGCAUCUCCCCAAGAUGGGUUUGGUCUGUUAUGGAAGAAUUAAUCCCAAAGCUAGAAACCUAGCACCAAGAUGCAGUCUCUCUGCAAGGCCCGCUUCUCAGCCUAGGUUUAUACAGCACAAAAAGGAGGCAUUCUGGUUCUAUAGGUUCCUUUCCAUAGUCUAUGACCAUGUUAUAAACCCUGGCCACUGGACUGAGGACAUGAGGGACGAGGCCCUCGAGCCUGCGGAUCUCUAUGAUCGAAAUAUGAUAGUCGUAGAUGUUGGGGGUGGAACUGGAUUUACUACUUUGGGUAUAGUCAAGCAUGUGGAUGCCAAAAAUGUUACCAUUCUCGACCAAUCCCCUCAUCAGCUAGCUAAGGCCAAGCAGAAGGAAGCAUUGAAGGACUGCAAAAUUAUUGAAGGUGAUGCUGAGGAUCUUCCCUUCCGCACUGAUUAUGCCGACAGAUAUAUAUCUGCUGGAAGUAUCGAGUACUGGCCUGACCCACAGCGCGGCAUCAAGGAAGCAUACAGGGUCUUGAAGUUAGGAGGAAAAGCAUGUCUUAUUGGCCCUGUGUACCCAACAUUUUGGUUGUCUAGGUUCUUUGCAGAUGUCUGGAUGCUCUUUCCAAAGGAGGAAGAAUACAUUGAAUGGUUCACAAAGGCUGGAUUUAAAGAUGUUCAACUGAAAAGGAUUGGCCCAAAAUGGUACCGUGGGGUCCGUCGGCAUGGCUUGAUUAUGGGAUGCUCUGUGACAGGUGUGAAGCCUCGGUCAGGGGACUCUCCCCUGCAGCUUGGUCCAAAAGUGGAGGAUGUAAAGGAGCCUGUGAAUCCAUUCAUGUUCCUUAUGCGGUUUAUUCUAGGUGCCAUGGCGGCAACAUACUAUGUCCUCGUUCCUAUUUACAUGUGGAUCAAAGAUCAAAUUGUUCCCAAAGGUCAGCCUAUAUGAGAGAGAGAGAGAGAUCUUUUCCCAUUUGUUCACUGUAAGGCUAUAACUCGUUGCUUUUGAUAAGCUUUUCUUUCUUUAUGUUAAAUAAUUCCAUUGACUUUUGGGCUUGGAUCUGCUGCCCACGAGCUGUUCCCACAUCCCUGGGCUUUAUAGCUUCGCUUUGGGAAUAUCUCCUUGUCAUUCAUGGGGAGAUGUUCCCUAUAUAUGUGGUGGUGUGGUGUUUCGUGGGUAGACAUGUGGAUAGGAGACCGGGACAAUGAUUAGUAUAUCCCUGUAUCUAUCUCUCCAUCUAAAGAGUGAUUACGAUGCAGAAAUGAAUUGGUUCAUUUUGUGAUACAUUAAAUCUCAAUAUCAAUCAGUCAAAGACGUUAUAUGGUUUAUUUA